AUGGCUAGCAUUGUUAACUCUGCCGUUCUGCAAUACCUAAAGGAGCACCACCCCACCGUCGCUGCAGUAUUUCAGAAGGAAGGAAAGGUCGUCACGCGUCAACAUCCACCGAGGGGAAUAACUCUGGAGUCACUCAUUGCACUCGAACAGACAGGCAAAAAACACGCCGCCUCCCGCUUGUCUCCCGGAGGUGAAGAACCCGUCAAAAAACAAAGUAAAACUGAGUCAAGGGCACCGCUGCCAGACAGCUCUUCUGAUGAUGAUGAUGAUGAUGAGCCCGUGAAGAAGCCAGUGGCAAAGAAGGCAUCACCUGCAAUGAAGCCAGCUGCCAAGAAGGCACCGCUGCCGGACAGCUCU